AUGGCCUCGAAGUUUUUCUUAAAUGGAGAGGUAUUAUACAAAAGGACCUCAGAUUUGAACCUCUUAAGGUGCAUCGAUGAAGAUGAAGCUCAAUACUUGAUGAAAGAGGUGCAUAGCGGUGUCUGCGGACCUCACAUGAAUGAACAUUUGUUGGCAAAGAAAAUUAUGAGAACCGGGUAUUUUUGGCUUACAAUGGAACGCGAUUGCAUAGAUUUUGUCCGGAGAUGUAUUAAAUGUCAAGUGCAUGGCGACAUCAUACGCGCUCCUCCCACCGAAUUGCACAGUAUGAUUGCCCCAUGGCCCUGCUCGAUGUGGGGUAUGGAUGUGAUUGGCACAAUUGACCCUCCUGCUUCAAAUGGGCAUCGAUUUAUAUUGGUGGCAAUUGAGUACUUCACCAAAUGGGUCGAAGCAGAAUCAUUCAAGCACGUGACAAAGAAGGUGGUGGCGAAUUUCUUAAGAGAUCACAUCAUAUGCCGAUUUGGGGUGCCGGAAACAUUGAUUACAGACAAUGCCAAGAAUCUCAACAAUGACAUGGUGGACGGGCUAUGCGAACAGUUCAAAAUCAGACAUCGCAACUCUACCAUCUAUAGACCACAGAUGAAUGGAGCUCUCCCUUAUGCACUAAUGGCGUAUCGGACUUCUAUCCGAACAUCAACUGGGGCAACACCCUACUCGCUCAUGUAUGGAAUGGAAGCUGUGCUACCUGCCGAGGUCGAAAUCCCUUCAUUGCGUAUUCUAAUGGAGACCAAGUUGGAAGAGGCUGAUUGGACAAAGCAGCGUCAUGAACAACUAUCUUUGAUUGAUGAAAAAUGGCUUAAUGCUAUUUGUCACGGUCAAUGUUAUCAAAAUCGCAUGGCCCGGGCCUACAACAAGAAAGUCCAUCGGCGUGCAUUUGAGGAAGGCUACAAAGUGCUAAAACGAAUUUUGCCAGUACAGGACGAGGCCAAAGGCAAAUUUGCUCCAAAUUGGCAAGGGCCAUUCAUUGUUCAAAAGGGCCUGUUACACAGAUCUCAUAAUAUGGCUAAAGGCAUACCUGGUCAGUCUGGGAAAAAUCAGAAAGUCUUUGAAGUAAUAAAUCCAACUAAAUCAGAUACCACAACCAAAGUUGAUGAAGGCAACAAAUAA